AAAAAUUCUCCAUUCCCUGCUUCUUUUUAUUUCAUGUCUAUUACUUUACUUUUAGUCCCUCUAAAGUCUUAACGCAGAAUUUUGUGUUUCAGCCAUGGUGGAGAAUAAUCUCUUCGAGGAUAUUUUCAGAGUAGAAAAACUAAACCCCGAUGACAAAAAAUUAUUUGAUAAAGUUACUCGAAUUGAAGCAAGAAGUGAAAAGUUUGACAUGUUUAUGCACCUUGAUAUCAAUUCUGAGAUAUAUCCAUUAAAGGUUGGUCAGAAGUUCACCCUUGUGCUGGUUUCAUCACUUAAUCCUGAUGGAACACCAGACACUGGCUAUUAUACACAGAUCAAUCGACAAUCACUGGCCAACAAUUUUGAAUAUGUCAUGUAUGGGAAGCUCUACAGGAUAACAGAGGCUUCUGGGCGUGAAAAGGCGGAGCUAAAUAUUUCAUUUGGUGGGCUUCUGAUGCUGCUGAAGGGAGAUACCUCUCAUUGCAACAAGUUUGAGCUUGAUCAGAGGUUGUAUCUUCUUAUAAGGAAGGUCUGAAAAUUGUAUUUAAAAAGAAAGGAAGGAGCCUUGUUGUGGAAAGAAACGAGUAUCUCUACUAUGAGUCUCAAAUUUAAUAUUUAGGUGUUAUAAACAAAUUUUAUUGUUGGUUCAUGUUGAUGAGAGAGUUUUAAGAUUAAGACUUACGAGUUGUAUAAGACUUUACACUUUAAAAAAUUAAAAAAAAAAAUGAUACCUAUUAGACUUUAGAUUA